AUGGGGGAUGAGGAUGCUCAGGCUGAUGCUAAUGUUGAUGCAAUUCUGAAAGAUGCCAAUGGGCAUGUUACCGGACAGGAGGCAAAAUAUGGAUGCACAAACUCUCUUUUUAACGGCGACUUCACACAGGUUGGUUAUUGGUCUUUUCUUGUCACGGCAAGGGCUUAUUCCUAUAAGAAAAAACAGUUAUUAUAAUACCUGUCUCCGUGAAAGCCAACGAGGCAGGAGUUCACUCAUUUUAGGGUCAUGGUUUGAUUUUACAAUACCGACGCAAUGUCUGGUAUUCGACAUCAUGGCUGCGUCCCCAUACUUUUUCGAACACGUUCGUCCGCAGAUAGAUUAACCAAACGUUCUUAGGCAGCCAGGAGAAUUCUCCCUCUUUUGCGUAUUGGCUCAGCUGAGUUUAGCCCUUAGCACCUAGGCAUACUUAACUUGAGCUUAUCGGUUAUUGGAAUCGUCAGCUUGUUUAAUACUCGUCGACGAGUAUUAAAGAAGCAGACGAUUCCUGCGUCCUGUUUCAGAUCUGAAACAGGACGCGGUACAUGCCAUGAGAUGUGGAAAAUACUUUAUUUUGCAGAAGUCGUAGAACGAGCCAAAAACUACGACAUAUUCCGCACAUUCGAUAAUCUACCACUUCUGCAUCACCCGAUGUAACUGGAAAAAAUUAUAAUGAAAAAUUCACUGAGGGUAUUAAUUACGUAAGACGAGAAGCAUCGAAAUACUUCCACAUUAAUAACGAUAUCGGAACAUAAACAUAAGUUCCCGUAAAAGCUUGCAUACUCACUUCGUUUUCUCUGCAUUUUUCAAGAUUCUUACUUAAUUGUUUAGUUUCCGCAGUCUUGAUUGCAAUCCAAUAAUUUCAGAUAUCUCUGCGUGAAGGACAGAGAUUUCAGCGUAGCGGACAUUGCGAAAAGGCCAAGCAUGCGAAGGACUGUCGCCGAGUGAAAAAAAUGUUAUAUAAAGAGCAGACACAGCAAUCAACAUGUCGUUUCCUCACCACUAAAAAGUUUCUUUUCUGCACAUUGCCGAUUUAUAUCCGGUGGCGGUGGGGGUCGUUCAGCCUCAAAACGUUCAAAAUUCCUGCGAGCACUUUGCUGUUUUGGUUAUUUGCCCGAUUUCCAUACCAGACAUUUUGUUAUGACUGUUGUAACUGCCUUGAUGUAGCAUAUCUGAAGAGCCUUGACCAAGUUAGUUUGUCCGGGGAAGUGUUUUCUACAUCUUAAUGCCCGGGCCGUAUUCGUAUGCGGACCUAGAGCUGAUAAACGGACUACUACGCAAGCCUGCAAUAAGUGAGGUAUUGAUCAUGUGAGAAUCGUCCUCUCGCAGUGCUUAUGCUUUAAAAGUCGUCUCUACUUUAUCUCAGAGAUAAAGACCGACGUCAUCUUUUAAGUUACCUCCUGGAAGGAAAGAAUAGAUUUUUCGCUAUGCGCAUCUGCCCGCUUUUACUGAAAUUGCGUUGACGCGAAAGCCUGUCCUACUCUUUUAGAGGUUAUUAGGACCUUUUUUAUUUGUACUUGUCCUAUUCAUCCUUAUAUAGUACGCAGCGGUCCUGUAAUUGUUCAAUUAUUUCCCGAAAUAUUUGUAGAGUGGCCGCUGCGUUUAGAUCUAAGAUAAACUGUGCGAGACAGUAUUGAAAUGGACUGUGAAACUGCUUUGCAACUGUUUACGUACCCGUGAGAAAUGCCAUACAUAGUGGCACACCAAGACACAGGUUUACGCCAUACCAGCUAUUUGCGCCCGACCCCACUCUCGGUCUUCUUGACUCCGUUUUGACACUAAGCCCGGGUGAGUGAGGCAGGAGAUAGUGCGGUACACGCAGUGCAAGUCCAUUCUCACUAUAAACUAACUCAGCACAAUUCACCGCCCUCUGCACCCGCCUUGCAGUGGGGUACACAGCGGCCAUCGUCCGUAACGACGAAGAAGAUGUGAUGUACUGCUGUUGUUGCCUUUGUUCGUUAUCAUAUUAUGAAGUUUGGCGUUCUCCUCUUCAGUUCGCCCUGUCUAUGGCCCAUAGUGCAGAGGAGUUCGCUCGUCACAUCUGGCUCCGUGGAUGGCAAGUUGUGCAGUUCGCACAACUUCCAGCUUGGUUAAAAGACAACGACUUUCUUAUCCGCGGUCAUCGUCCAGCCCUUAAUUCCUACUGGGGCUGUUUCAAAUCUGUUUUUAGAAUCCACACAGAGACCGGAAAUAUCUGGACCCAUUUGUUGGGUGCGUCUGAUUGGUAAUUUUACUAAUCCUUCUUCUAGGCUGCGUCCUUUUUGCCGCCAUAUUUACAUACUUCAUGAUCGAGGCUCCUCACAGUAUCCAGUGGCAGGACAAGCUAGUCAUUGGCGCCUUUUUCACCGGUGCUGUAGUCUGCCUUGGCUUCUCCUGUCUUUUUCACACACUGUGCUGUCAUUCAGUCAAAGUUGCUCGGUUCGCAAACAAGUACGCUCACUUUUGAACUUUUGUUCUGCCUUCCCCUAGUUCUUAUGGGCAAUUUUUGGGUCAUUUUCCUCAUUAAAAGUAGUCUUUCGAGCCUAAAGUAGAAAUUCGAUUUAACCUGCCAACACUUUCAUAGAACAUUUUAGUCUUUACCUCAUAAUUUAGUUCUCAACUAGUUUGCCCAAGCGACAAUCUGUGGUGGUUCUAAACUAUAUGAAAACCCGGACACUCCCAACUUAUUGUGUUAGAGAAAAUGCGUCUUACAAUUUUAUACCCUGACUGAAUUACUCAUUCCAACUGCCGUUUCAUGCUUCACUAGAAUAUCUGCAGGCACCCCCUGAUAGUGCGCCUUAGAAACUAGGUGAAGUAACUUUGACGGAUUUGUAGUCACGAUCAUGCAGUAUUAAUAUCGCAUCGGCAGUUUUUUUAUAGGAAUUUUUUCGUUCCAUCACGUAGGGUUUCUGCUGUUGCCGAAAAGCGAAGAACAAUUGUGGACUCUCCCAUGCACAAACCUUUUUAACGCCGAUUGUGUUGGCUCGAUUGUAGACGGCUUUUUAAUAACUGUCUUAAUAUCCUUUAAAUCGCAUCUAUUUGUUACGCGAGACUGCUUGCAUUCGUAGGGCAUGGUGUUAGCUGGUAUUCAUUGCACAUUUGUUAUUUCUGUCAAUUGAGACUACCCAAGAAGGUUUAUCUCUUAAAGGAGCUCCCAACAGAAGUUUCCAAACUUGUAAGGUGUUCUCUCCAUCCUGAAUAUUUCGCUCCCAUCUUAGAAUAGCUGCCUUGGUUUUUAUAGACUCGACUACGCAGGAAUCGCGAUUCUGACUAUUGGAUCUUUUAUUCCCUUCUUGUACUACACAUUCUACUGCGGCAAGUGGCAGAUGAUCUUUUACACGGCGCUCAUAUGUGUUCUGGGCAUGGCUGCCAUCCUCGUGUCCAUGAUCGACAAAUUUGCCACUCCGCGCUUCAGAGGUCUGCGAGCCGGCGUAUUCAUAGGUUUGGGUCUGUCCGGUGUCAUUCCGGCCAUGCACUAUACCAUAGUUGCGGGUUGGGAGUCAGCUGUGAAUGACGCAUCCCUGGGCUGGCUAAUUCUGAUGGCUGUCCUCUACAUUGGCGGUGCCCUUCUCUAUGCUUUUCGCAUUCCUGAACGUCUCGUACCUGGCUGUUUUGAUCUGUGGGUAAGUUGCCUCUUCCCGCCGCUGAAUUUUCACAACUGAUUGAUCUAAUCCUCGCAUGCUGGUGCUUUCCGUUUUCUCAGCCCUUAUAGCUUCUCGCAUAUAUACUUUAAAGUCCCUUGGCUUUAUGUAGGUGAUUGAUACGCGUCCACGUCGCUUCCUUCUUGUAGUUCCAAAAUGUUCAGGUGGCCGAUUUUCACGGAUAACGAGCAGCCAUAGCUAAGGGCGCAGACGGUCUCGCACUCUACCACAGAAGCCACAGUAUGUAGGUUUAACCAAGCCGAGUUUUGGAUUUCGAUUGUGCUUCUGCAAGCACGACUCACCGGCCGCUUCUCUAGUUAAAUAGAUUGCAUGCACGUCAAAUCCUCUAGGUCAAGGCCAUCGUUAUACCAUCUUUCAAGACAACCGACAUUACUUUAAGAACCACCGUAAUUUUUGUCUUCCUGACGCCGCUACAGAAGUCUCCUCAAUCGUCCCCUCCAUCACUUUCAGUGUUUGCACUCGCAUGGCACGGCAAAUUUCUCAUGUCUGGGAGUGGACGAACAGGUGUACCAUCUUUGUGGAUCUUUGGCAAGCCAUAUAACCAAAGUAUAUGCGUGCCAACGGGUCGGGGACGCUCUAGAUCGUGUUCGCUUAUGAGACCAUUCGCUUGAAGUCUUUUCAAGCAGUCAGACAGCUGUGCUUCAACCUCAUCUGUCCGAUCCGUAUCCUUUUCCGCCUUGCGGAACUUUUUCUGGUCUGACAGUAUUAACCCUAAGUUCUGCUGUCCUCACCAGAAACCCAACCAGCUGGAACUAGAGACACAGUUGGAGAAACUCAUAAAUCAAACACAUGACCUCUAGCCGGUUUCGGCAGAGAGCGUGCAACGCCUUAAAUCCACGUUAGUCCCCUGCUCUUAUCCGUACCUGAACAGUAGCCAGAAAUGUCGAGGCUUACUGACGAAGUCGCAAAUUAACAAAUUAAAGCAAUUCCGACAGAACAAGGAUAUUCUAAUAACGAGACCGGAUAAGGGAACUGGUGUUGUUUUGAUGGACAGGGUCGACUACAUUACAAAAAUACAGUCAGUCCUGUCGCACCAGGAUAAGUUCCGCAAGGCGGAAAUGGAUAAGGAUCGGACAGAUGAGGUUGAAGCACAGCUGUCUGACUGCUUGAAAAGACUUCAAGCGAAUGGUGUCAUAAGCGAACACGACCUAGAGCGUCUCCGACCUGUUGGCACGCAUAUACCUCGGUUAUAUGGCUUGCCAAAGAUCCACAAAGAUGGCACACCGGUUCGACCAAUCCUAGACAUGAGAAAUUCGCCGUACCACGCGAUAGCAAAAUGACUAGCGGAGAAACUUAAGCCCAUACAGUACCAGCUGGCCCCACAUAGCUGUCGGUAUACUUUUGAAUUUGUGAACGGCGUUAAAGAUCUCAACCUAAAAGGAAUGAUUAUGUUUUCACUAGACGUCUCGUCUCUUUUUACGAACGUACUGUUCACAGAAGCCGUCAACUACCUCUGUGAAUUCAUUGCUCCCAAUCAUCAGGAUAUAGGAAUGCCGGAGGAUGUACCCAAGGAAUUGCUACUGAGAUGUACCCUAAACGUACAGUUCCUAUUUGACAACAGUCUGUAAAGACAAAUAGAUGGAGCAGCUAUGGGCUCGUCCCUUCGUCCUCUUUCGGCGAACGUAUUCAUGGGCAAGCUAGAAGCUUUCGAGCUUAGUCGCCAGAUAAAUGGUCUGAGAUACUAUGGACGCUACGUGGAUGAUAUAUUCGCGAUUGCACCUGAACAAAACGACGUUUCAGUUCUACUGGAUGAUAUCAGUCAGGCGCACCUAUCAAUCAAAUUUACACUGGAAGAAGAGCAAUCCGAAUCGUUCCCCUUUCUGGAUGUACUUUUAAGUAGAAGGCCUGACGGUAGUAUUCGACAUAUCGUCUAUCGUAAGAAGACGUGGUCGGGGCAAUACUCCAGUUUUGCGAGUUUCGUACCGUCUAACAUGAAGCGCAAUUUAGUCCGUUGUUUGACACAAAGAGUAAGGAGGAUCUGCUCGGCUGAUAGCAUUGGGGAAGAACUUAAGAUCGUCGAAAAUCUCCUUCGCCAGAACGGAUACCCCGAUUGACUCAUUGCCAAGUACAUGACCGAAAGACCACCAAAGCCCCCGAUGCUGACGGCAGAAAAGAAGCUUUUCAUCAGGAUCCCGUUGCAAGUGGACGCGCCAAGUGAACUUCUAAGAAGGCGCUUAACUCAAGCUGUGUCACGCACAUUUCCAGCAGCUGACGCCCGUGUACUCUUCUCCGCUAGCCCCAUCCUACACGGGGAGGGCAAGGACAACUUGCCAGAUGGUACCACUUCGAUGUGUAUUUACUCCUUCACCUGCUCUUGUUUGGCAGAAUAUAUUGGUCGCACGAGCCGGCGUUCGUCCAAGGGAAUAGGAGAACACCUUCCAGUAUGGUUAGGAAGGGCCAAAUAAAGAACGUCAACAGCUCCAUCCUCGCUUACAUGGUAGACACAGAUCACUGUGUAGAUGCCGGACAGGCAUUCCGAGUGAUUUACAAGGUCUCGUCAAGCUAUCCAAAAUCACUUGCACAGCGUCUGUUGGCAACAACAGAGGCGGCUGUAAUCAGGCUAUACAAACCAGUUCUGUGCGCACAAAAGAACUUCAUGCAGACCCCACAGUUGCCAUGGGCCAAAGCCAUCAUGCCAGCCAUCUGCGUAUAAUUACCCGUCCCAGUGCCCAUCAUCCUUUUCUCCCCCCUGACAAUGACGGUAAUUUUGUUUUUCACCUCACCUACCCAGACCCUCCCUCCAAACCCCAGCUGCAGAAUAACUUCUGCUUGCCCGCAUUUUCCUUUUGAUCAUUUCGAUAUCAAUAUAAAUGUAUAGGCCUAAUGAGAAUUUAUCGGAAGCUUACGUAUGCUCGCCAAAUUGUCUUUUGAGAUUGUUCUUUAUCACAUCAAAAUUGGUCAUUAGGGGGUGCAGGGCUAGACACUGGCGAUGGUGGCGAAUUUGGCUCUCUGAAGAGUCAGGAGUAGGGUUAUGAGGCAGUCACAUGUCAGUCGUUCUACGGUUGCCUGUUGCCCUCUUCGUUAGACUUUUUGAAGUGUAAGAGACGAGGAGGGAAGGUAUGGAGGGUUGGGGAGAUGGAGAUGAGAGCAUAUUUGCUGGUUGUAGGGGGCAGUUCCGGAUCCCCUCAUGUGGUGUAGCCCGCCGGUCGAGGCGUUUAACGGGGCAUGAUCGCUGGUCAGAGUCGAGCUUCGGGCAGCUACAGAUACCAGUUAAGAGCCGUGAUGAACAGUCACCAUCUGUGGUGCGACCGACCAUCCAUGCACGGGUGCCUCUGCGCCCGUACAUCCCGGUAGCCGCUGCCAACCAAGUGAGUCACAAUUGUGCUUGAUUUAGCCAGGCAGGUUGGUGCUCCCACAUCCGCCUGGACUGGCGCAUUAUCAUUCGGCCAGUAUAGCCUUCCACACAGGAGAAAGCGGAAGCGUAGAUGCACAUUGAAGAAAUCUGAAAGAGCAGUCUAUCCUUACCCUCGAGGCGGAGAAGUGGAGUGCUUGUAAAACUGACUGGCUACGUGCACGCGCUAGCAGAAUUCAAAUGAUUCAACUGUUGAUUAUUUAUAUUCCCUGCUAAUCCAUCCGAUUGCUGAUAUCGGUAAUGGGUGUACUCUAAGACCGGCAGACGUCCCUUGUGUAGAAAAGCCUGGUAUACGCUUGUGGUCGGCCGUCACAAUAGCUGAACGCGAAAAUGGUGGUCUCGUGACCCGCGUUCCUAUUUUAAUUCCGCAUUUCAGAACUGAACGAGGUGCCAACCGCUGACUUCUCGGACAGGCGUGUUUAUGUCCAAACCAUUUAAACGACCUGGAGUUUUUUGUUUAUUGUAUACUAAGGUUUACAGUGUACACUGGGCACAUUCGCCUGCUCACUGCAGGCAUCAAAGAUAAGGUGAGUUCCGCCCUUUCCUACGAAGAGAAGCAAGUUCGAACACUGAUCCUUCUGCCUGGUAGUUGUAGACAAAGGUGACUUUGGUCUGUCAGUUGUCUCUCCGGUUUGUCAGCUUGUUUUAAAGUUAAUCUCAAGUCUAUAGGCGGGGACUCCCCUGUGAUACUAGGUUUGUCGGCCAUUUAACGGAUUUAUGCUUUCCCUUACCUCUAAUUAGGCUCAAUCUGUUGCCAUCCAAACAUUUCAGUGUCUUUAUUAGUCCUGUUUCGGUCGAUUUAAUGCUCAUGUUUGUCUCGUCACGGAGUCUUGCCAUUUUUGUCUUCAAAGGCAAGCCAUACAGCUUGAGCUCACUUUUCCCUGUUAUCUGCUAGCAUGCGUAAUUUCUCAAAAUAUUUUUUUUUCAGUUUCAAAGCCACCAGAUAUUCCAUGUGUUGGUGGUGGCUGCAGCCCUCGUCCACUACUACGGCAUAUCCCGGUUGGCCGACUUUCGUUUGACCCGCGGAGACUGCAGACCCGAACAGCCCCUCUUCAUCGACCACGCUGAAGAACUGUGA